AUGCCUGCCCGAACCCUCCCUACCAUCACUCUGGCCGACAUCAGGGCGCACAAUUCGGAGAAGUCAUGUUAUGUCACGAUCGGCACCAAGGUUUACGAUGUGACUUCGUUCCUCGACGAUCACCCCGGCGGCUCGGACCUGAUUCUCGACUACGCAGGCAAGGAUGUCGGCAAGAUCAUGCAGGAUGUGGUUUCGCACCCGCACUCGGAGGCUGCGUACGAGAUUCUAGAUGAGUGCCUGAUUGGGUUGGUGCCGAGCGAGGAGAUUCUGGACGCGGCGGCGAAGAGCGGGAAGCCGGCAGAGAUAGUGCCUUUGCCAGCGUCGAAGGAAGGAAAGGAAGAGUUGGAGAAUGGGGGACUGGAAGGGAAGGUGGUGUAUGCGGCGACGGGCAUGUCAAGCGAGGAGGAUCUUUCAAAAGAGACGGAUCCCGCGGCGGAUUAUAAGACGCACAAGUUCUUGGAUCUCUCGAAGCCAUUGUUUCCGCAAGUGUGGUAUGGCGGGUUCAGCAAGGACUUUUAUCUCGAGCAGGUGCAUCGUCCGAGGCAUUAUAAGGGGGGAGAAUCAGCACCGCUGUUUGGGAAUUUCCUGGAGCCAUUGACUAAGACGGCAUGGUGGGUGGUGCCUUUGAUAUGGCUACCGCCGGUGGCAUAUGGGACCGUUUUAGGGGUGUCCGGGCUCGGUGUGCCGGUUACGGCAGCAUACUGGGUGACGGGAUUGUGCAUCUGGACGUUGGUGGAGUAUAUCCUACAUCGAUUCCUCUUCCAUUUGGACGAAUACCUCCCCGACAACCGCGUCGGAAUCACCCUCCACUUCCUCCUCCAUGGCAUCCACCACUACCUCCCCAUGGACCGCUACCGACUCGUCAUGCCGCCCACCCUCUUCCUCGUCCUCGCCACGCCCUUCUGGAAACUCGCCCACACCGUCUUCUUCUACAACUGGUACGCCGCCACCAGCGUCUUCUGCGGCGGCAUCUUCGGCUACGUCUGCUACGACCUGACGCACUACUUCCUGCACCACCGCAACCUGCCGGCCUGGUACCGUCAGCUCAAGAAGUACCACCUCAAGCACCAUUUUGCGGAUUACCAGAAUGGGUUCGGGGUCACGAGCAGGUUCUGGGAUUGGGUGUUCAACACGGAGUUGGAGAUGGGGCCGAAGCCGAAGGUUGUGAAGGCCGCGUAG